UCCAAAAAGAGAAUCAUUGGAAUGGACCGAUGAGAAGCAUAGUUUGUACCUAAAGUCAAUGGAAGCUACUUUCGUUGACGAGUUACAUAACUCUUUGGAUAUGCGAAGUUUGCAAACUCAAAGCGAGUCCUCCUCUGACUCAAUGUCAUCUAGGAGAAUGCAUACGGGCACCUAUUGCUCUUCUGGCCAGUUUAAGGUUCUACAACAUGGCUUUUGGUCAAGGAUUAAUUUCAGGAGUGAAAACAAUGUGCGUAUUGAAGCAAAUAGACCCUAUAUUUCUUCAAGCAAUCCAUGGAUUCAGCAUUUUAGAACAAGAACUCGGCAUGGAGCAUUAGAACCCCCUUCAACUGAGGAAAAACUAUCAUUAACUGCAAAUUCACAGGAAUUCCCUGCAUCCGACUUGCAGUUGUGCUGUCAAAAAACAAGUUGCAGUGAUAUAGAGGUGACAGAUCAAAACUUUGUUGACGAUUAUGUGGUAGAAAAGGUCAACACGUUGUGUAACAAAAAGAGGAAGAUUACUUCUGCAGUUUCUGGAUCAGGCAAUAAUCAGAUUAUAAAAAAACUCGGUACAAGAAAAUGACAUGGUUGGAAUGGUUAAGCGGGUCAAAAGUUUCGCUGAUGUGUAUGAUAUGUUUAAAACUUCUUAGGUCAUUGUUUCUGAAGAAAACAUAUAUGCUUUGAAUUAGUAUAAUUUGUAAUCAUAUACAUUACUUAAUUGCUGUCUUGAUUAAAAAAGAAGACAUAAAAGUGCCAGUGGUUUAGAGCCAGCCCGAUAUUUUUUGUCCCACUGACAGAGUUGCAGUUACUCGUUUUGACCUUAACCCAUUUUUAUUCGUUACCCAUGAUGCCCGAUCUGUCUCUGCUUCCAUCUCUAAAAAUAAAUGCUUAUCUACUAGUAUCUAUCUAUUUCCUUUUUAUCAGGCCAUCUCCUUUCAGCAUUUCUCCAGUGACAGGGAUAGCUGACAACCAAUUUAUAGUGUUGUAAUGUAUCCCACAGCACGACUUUUAGAGGAAGCAGAUGGCAUUUGAAUCGUUAACCUAAAUAGCUAGAUGAUAUUAACUCAUUUAAGUAUUAGGCACAUUAGCCUAGAGUAUGUUGGUGUACAAUCCUGUCACAGGAAUAGUAAAAAAAAUCUUAUUAGGAAAAAAUGGUAUUGUAUAAGAUACAUGUGAUGAUGACGAUGCAUACAUAUGUUGGCGAUAUGAACACUGGUGCACAAAGUCUUGAUACAGA